AUGGGUGCGAGAAAGAAGGAGGCAUCCCGCCGGGAACGGCAGGGAGUUGCAUCAGACGGCAUGGGGAAUGUCAAAGUCAAAGGGGAGAAUUUCUACCGAACUGCCAAGAAGCUCAAGACCCUGAAUAUGCUGAAAGAUGGCAAGGCGCAGAGAAACGCCCAGGGGAAAGUGACCAAGGCCGCUUCGUUUCAGUCUCGAGACGUUCCGACAGCACGAGUCGAGCCCAAUCGGAAGUGGUUUGGAAACACUCGAGUGAUCACCCAAGAGGCAUUGGAAUCAUUUAGACAAGCGGUGGCGGAACGGGCCUCAGAUCCAUAUCAGGUUCUGCUGAAAACCAACAAGUUGCCGAUGAGCCUGAUCAGAGACACUGAAAACACCAAGAAUGGGGUGAAGCAACACCAGGCCAAGAUCGCCGUGGAAUCUGCUCCGUUCGCCGAUACCUUCGGGCCGAAGUCGCAACGAAAGCGGGUGAAACUCAACGCUGCCUCUGUGAUGGAUUUGGCUGGCGAGUCUGUCAAGAUGCACGACAACUACCUGGAGCGGCUGGAAGAGAACAAAUUGCUCAGUGGGCAGACCGCCGAGCAGAUGGAGGGAGAGCAAGAAGUAGAGCUCACGACGGCCAGAGAACCCAUCUUCUCUAAAGGGCAGAGCAAACGGAUAUGGAACGAAUUGUACAAAGUCAUCGAUUCGUCCGACGUUGUGAUCCACGUUCUUGACGCUCGAGACCCUGAGGGCACCAGAUGCCGGAGUGUCGAGAAGUACAUCCGUGAAGAGGCGCCACACAAACAUCUGAUCUUCGUUCUGAACAAGUGCGAUCUCGUGCCGACAAAGAUAGCGGCGCAAUGGGUGCGAUUGUUGUCGAAAGAAUACCCGACGCUGGCUUUUCAUGCCUCCAUGACGAAUUCAUUUGGCAAAGGCUCCCUGAUCACCCUUCUACGACAAUUUUCAACGUUGCACGCGGCAAGAAAACAAAUCUCUGUGGGGUUUAUCGGUUAUCCAAACACUGGCAAGUCCUCGAUUAUCAACACCUUACGUAAGAAGCGAGUUUGCACUGUCGCACCGAUACCUGGUGAGACGAAGGUGUGGCAAUACAUCACUCUAAUGAAGAGAAUUUAUCUCAUCGACUGCCCUGGUGUUGUGCCUCCCAGCAACGGCGACUCGGAAGAAGAUAUCCUUCUUCGUGGUGUCGUGCGGGUCGAAAACGUUGAACACCCUGCUCAGUACAUCGAGGCUGUAUUACGGCGGACGCAACCCCGACAUAUCGAGCGGACUUAUGAAGUCAAAGCUGCAGACUACAACAACGAUCCCAUCGAAUUUCUCAGUAUCCUCGCCCGGAAAGGCGGGAGACUACUGAAAGGCGGCGAGCCUGAUGUCGAUGGUGUCGCGAAGAUGGUGCUGAACGAUUUUCUGCGUGGCAAGAUCCCCUGGUUCACCCCGCCAUCGAAGAAAGUUGGUUUGAACGCACCUGAAGAGGAUCUGGACACCGCCACUAUCGUUGAAGGACGUGAAGGCCGUCUCGGUGAAAUGCCUGGAAAGAGAACGGCCGAGCUUCCUACGGAGCCAGAAGAAGGCAAAGACGAAGACGAAGACGAAGCUGAGAGUGACUCGGGUGAUGAUGAUGAAGGAGGAGACCAGGCAGCUGCUGAGGGUCAGUUCAGUGGCAGUGACGAUGAGUCAGAGGAAGGAAACUCCUCAGAUCAAGGUGCUGAUGACUUUGAAACCUUUGGUGACGAACAUGAUGACAAAAGUACUGACGAUGAGGGCGGAACUCAAUUGUGA